CAGUUCCAAAAUCUGUUAGAGUACCGUCGUACUGAUGCCCUGGAAUGCUUCUCCCGUGUUCAGGAGUACAUUUACAUUUGAAGCCUAGAAGAUGUCUCUGACACAGCACCACCAUUCACAUGUUUACUAGACUUUCUGUUGUCAACGUCAUGCUUGAACUGCACGUAGCCGACUUGUUUACGACCUCAACGAAUGAACGUCGUUUGUAAUUUGCAAUCCGCACUACGAUCUGAUAACGUUGGAAUGGAUAUUCCAACGUUAUCAGAUCCGAUACUGUCACCGGUUGGUUGCUCGAUGGAAAAAGUGAAUUGUCAAUUGUCGAGGCAUAAGUAAACGAUGGUGAAUUGAAGCUUUAGGGCUGGUCGUUUGUUGAUGUUUUGUCGAAUAUCAGAGCUGAAGGUAUCGACGCAUGCACUUGAGUAGACUGUGACCGGUCGGGACCCAGGAAUAGACAGGGAUUCAGCUCUGGGGCUGAAUUACAAAAAUGGACUCAGAAUCCAUAAGAGGACAAAGCAAUGGAGGACUCGCGCCGCUCCUGGGGGAAUACCGGGUUGACAGUGACGGCGACGUUUCUGUGGGAAUGUAUGAUCGGCCCCUGCGAUGCUGUGGAUGUGGCAUUGGAUGGUGCUCUUUCAUCUUUGGGUUUCUAUGCCCUCUGUUUUGGUACUACGGCACCUUUCUAUUUUUUGCCGAGCAUUAUCGACAUGAUCCCCGUGAAAGACCAGGCCUUGCAGCAUGUGCCAUCGCAGCUUUAGUGUGUACCGUUGCUGCUGCUAUCACCCUUAUCGUUCUACUGGCAGAUGGGAAGCUGUAAAUAGCUGUCAUGUUUGAUACUUCAUCGUCGGCUCUCAAUUUGUUUUGGGUGUUCGGAAGGUACUCAAAGUUGAGAAAUUUUGACCUGUUCUGAACUUGCAUUUGAGCGAUUUCUGGCCAUCCAUCAAGCUCUUGCAUUGAAGAAAGUUGCCUCACUAGAGAAGGAAGUCCUGGCAGUAUCAACUCUUUUAGGUGACACACCACAUGAUGAGCUGGAAAAUUAUAGAAAAGUUUUGUCGUACAUAGACGUGGGAAGAGUGCCGCGAUGUAGGCUGCACUCCGGUAAAUAAACUCGCCUCCCCUUCCCAUUUGUGUAGACGAUGUAAAUAUUAGUUUAGUAAUUGCAUUGGGGAAAGGUGGCGUUCAUUUAGGAAGGCUGCUUGUAUCAUACUCCAUGACUGUACAAUAUUAGGACAGUAAUGGUUGAUACUUGUUACAACAAGCAACAGUUGUCAGAUCACUUGCUUGGAGCAAUGUUGUGAUCCAUUUCCAACCCACCUCUCGGUGGAGUCUUUGUUGUAAGUGGGAAAGGAGCCUCGCAGCCUGCACAAGCAUGUCAAUUGUGUCUCCUUUUGGAUGUUAUAGAAAAAACCUCUCUGUGACAGUGACAUUCGCGAUCAGAGCAGGUUCUGCUUUGAUGUCGAGGGUUUACUGGGGUUU